AUGUUUACUGAUAGAUCAUAGUUCCAAAGGGGCUGUGUAAGACUCUGACAAAAGAAGAAACUAAUUAACAAUGUGAAUUUCCUUAGUCACUGUGUUGAGCAAUCGAUGUAAGAUAACAAUUUGUCAUUAUUAUGGAUCUGAAAGUAUAUCCCCAGCUAAUUGCUGAAUUAUGAUAGAGCUGAAAAGAGCUUUGAAAGGAUUUGGCCAAGCUGAAGAUGAUCAGGUACAAUGUGGAGAUUAAACUGAUGAGAUAUUGUCUGACUACUGAAAGCCUUGUAGUGAGAGUGUAUCCUUGGAUAUGGAGUAAUACCACUCAUUUAAUUGCCUCACCUGUGAAUACUACAGUACUGUGGAUAAUUGUUGCAAAAUCUCUCGGGACUCCACCUUGUUCUUGUGGUAAUAGUUAUGCAACUUGUUCUCAAUGUGGUGAGAUCUGCUGUGAUAUCAUUUCCGGACUGAUGUAUUGCAACCAGUGAAAAUGCCUCAACUAAAAUGGUUCAAUAGCUCUAGUACAGUUUCCUAUGGCAAAAACCAGGGUUCUCUGGCGUUAGCUCAGUCGUCUGUCUGGCCAUGUGCUUUGCUCUGUAGCCUGCUUUGUUGGCUGGCCGGCUCACAGUGUGUUUUCUCCCAACAGCAUCGUCUCUGCUGCGCUCAGGACCAGAGCUCACACAAGGCUGCCCACUGUAGUCUGCCCAGCCUAUCCAGAGCCCUAGACACAGACGCCCAGAGACCCGUCCCAGAGACCGGAGAUGACUGCUGCCAUGCCCUGCUGGCUCUCAGCCCUCACCCUCGCCCUCCUGGUCCUCUCUGCCAGGAAAGGAGCUGCCCUCUUCCUGCCCGACUCAAAUGAGCUGAGGCAGCUACUGAGCCGGUACCAGGAUGACCAGAACAGCACCGAUAACACAGCGGGUAGUAGGACCCGACGGGCCAUCCAGUGGACAGACCGUGGGGAGAUUCUACAACUGCACAACAAACUGAGGGGACAAGUCUACCCCACCGCAUCCAACAUGGAGUACAUGGUCUGGGAUGAUGAGCUGGAGAGGUCAGCCACUCACUGGGCAGAGGCAUGCCAGUGGGAACAUGGACCUAAGGACCUGCUCAUGUCCAUCGGUCAGAACCUCGCUGUUCACUGGGGCAGGUACCGCUCCCCGGCCAACCACGUCCAGGCCUGGUAUGAUGAGGUGAAGGACUACACCUACCCCUACCAACAUGAGUGCAAUCCCUGGUGUCCCGACCGCUGCUCAGGGCCCAUGUGCACCCACUACACCCAGCUGGUCUGGGCCACCACUAGUCGUGUGGGGUGUGCAGUGCACGUGUGUCCCAGGAUGAACGUGUGGGGGGAGAUCUGGGAGAACGCUGUUUACCUCGUCUGUAACUACUCCCCUAAGGGAAACUGGAUCGGAGAGGCCCCUUACCAACAUGGGCGCCCAUGCUCCCAGUGCCCUCCUAGCUACGGAGGAAGCUGCAGGGACAACCUCUGCUACAAGGGGGACUCUCAGCGUUCUGAGACUGAGGACAUGAAUGAGGUGGAGAAAGCUCAGAUUCCCAUGUCACCCCGCACCACCGCCAAGCCUGUCCCCAGACCCAAACCCAAGCCUGCUGCUCCCAAGAAGCCCUCCGCUCCCAAGCCUUCCACUCCCAAGGCUCCCACCAGCACUUUCCUGGCCCAAAACAUCAAGUGUGAGACCAAAAUGCGUGACAAGUGCAAGGGAGCAACCUGCAACAGAUUCAACUGCCCUGCUAACUGCCAGAACAAGAAAGGGAAAGUGUGGGGGACGCUCUUCUAUGAUGUGCAAUCAAGUAUCUGUCGUGCUGCUAUUCAUUAUGGCAUCAUCAAUAACAAUGGUGGUCUGGUGGACACUACAAGGAAAGACAAGUUGCCAUUCUUCGUCAAGGCAACAAAGAACGGCAUUGAGUCAUUCAGUAAAUACAAAGCCGGCAAUGCAUUUGUGGUGUCCAAAGUGGAAAGACAAUCAGUGGACUGCUAUGCAACAGUGGCGGAGAUCUGCCCCUUCAAGAAGCCCUACUCCAACUGCCCAAGAGUGUUCUGUCCGGCCAACUGCAAAAACGAGCCAUCCUACUGGGCUCCGGUGGUUGGGAACAGCUUCUACACAGAGCGCUCCAGUAUUUGCCGAGCAGCCAUCCAUGCCGGGGUGAUCCAAGCCGGCGGGGGCUACGUGGACGUCCUGCCCCUGGAUAAGAAGAAGAGUUACGUUGGUGUCCUGAAGAACGGCAUCCAGUCAGAGAGUAAGAGCAAUCCAGAGGGUGGCUCGUUCCGUGUUUUUGCUGUGAGGGAGUGAGUCUCCUCCAUCUCAGGGCCUCUCACUCAUUGGUUCAGGGACUAACAGGGUCCCCCAUCUGCUCUCAAGGGGCAGGAAGUGCCCACAGGUUCGAUGCCAUGGCAACUCCUCCCAUCUGUCUCUGUCCCCCACUUUGGGAGGAAGCAGAACUUCCCGUUGGACCAACAGACACUUCUCCCUCUCUUAGCUAAUAAACAGUAGCUGACUGCUCAAUUCGGUGGCUAACAUCACAAAGAACCCUUCUGUCUUCUCCUACCCUUCUCACCUUUAAACUCCAGAUGUGGAUAUUUUUGUAAGAUACACAAGCGGUAAAUGCAAAAUGAUGUGUAACAUCAAAGACCAAUAGAACAGCUGGUGCUGGAUCUCUGCGUCUUGACAUGUAGUUAGAUUUCAAAUCAAAUAUGUCAUAUUUGUUUAUAUUUUAUGUUCUUAAUACAAAAGUCAAUCAUUGGUCUCCAUACACAGGAAUGUAUAUUGAUCACUGUAUUUAAUCAUUCUGUACAUAUUUAAUUAAUUAAUUUUUUCCUUCUUAAAUGGGUCUAUAUUGACAGUUUUAUAUGUGUUGAUAAUGUAUUUUGAAGCUUGUCUCCGCUUUCCUAACCCAUUUAUGCUUUCAUUGUGGUCUUUACCUUUGGCGGAUAGGCCAUGGUGCUUGAGUUAGGCAGACAGACAGAGACAGACAGACUUAGGGGUUGCGUAGGAAGGGAAGGGGAGUGAGGAGGAGGGGAAGGCAUACCUCCAAGGAAAAUAAACCUUUCCUGAAUACAGCUUGUACGACUUCCAGUGUCAAUAAUGUUCAGACGAUCUGGUUAAGGUACAAAAACAUUGUAGCAAUAUUCUGUCCACGGUGAGCUCAGGAAGGCAAUGGGAGCUUGUGUGGGCAGGGCUUUCAAAAUGGUGGCAUAUCUGGCUUCAUCCAAGGACAUUCACAGAUGAACGAUGUUCUUGUUUGAAAAAUUAUUCCGUAUUUAUAAUAGCUCACUGCUUUAUUCCCCCCUUUCCUCUCUUGAUGCCAUGUGUUUUGAUUGAAUAAGAAAAAUACUCUACGAUAGGUUGAGUUUGUCCCCACUUAAGACAGUUGAAUGUUGUAGGUUUUGUAGAAAGAGGGUCUUAUACAGUCCAAUGUGAGAAAGGUGUGCCGAUUGUUCCUAUCAGCAGGCUUCAGUUAGGAUUCAUGACUAGGUAAUGAUUUGUAAAAUACACAGAGGAUGCAGAACAUGGAUCUGUUUAAACCACUCAUACCCAGGGAUGUAAUACAUAGUUACUUAUCCAGCAGGAAGGCACACAGAGGCAGGCUUCAGUUGGGGAAUAUCCUCUUAAAUGCAGAGGCUUUGUCGUGAGAGGAGAGUAAAUCUAUGUAAAUUGAUGCUGGAGGUUUUGGGUCUCCUAAAGAAGGACAUUAGGUAUCCUCUAUCUAUCCCUAAGCUAGACUGGACAGCAGUGCAGCCAUUCUCUCUUUGUUUUAGUUUUCAUCUUUCUACGUUUUUUUUAGGCUACCUCAGGCUUAUAGUACAUGGGCAAUCUUUAGGGAAAUGUUAAUGGUUUGUACAGCUUUGGAAAUGGAGUGUAAUACUUUGAUUUGUCUUUUAUGAACUGUUCUCUAUGCUGUAAAGCUCUCUUUCUAAAUAUAUGUGGUGUGUUAUUUUGUUUGUUUGUAUGGUGUUUAUAGGCAUUGGAUGGGGUUUUUGUAUUUUUUUUGCACAAUUUGAAAAUAAUUAAAGUUUGAAAUAGUUAGAA